UCUUAUCACAGAUGAUAAACGUCAGAGAUACAGUUAUAUUAUUUACUGAUAGUACAAUUUGGGUAAGAUGUGCGAAGUGGUGGACGAGUUUUGUGAACUUCUGCAGGUCCAUGCAAAUCGGGAUAAGGUAGUAUCCCUAGCAAGCUACUCGCUCAAACUAUGGGGCGCCCGAACGCAGAGCAAGCCUCUGCUUGGAGCCAGCGCUCGGCUGGCCGGCGCCCGCGCAACUCUACGCCUGUUUGAUGACGCAGCUGCAUUGCGUGUUGCAAUUAACUACGGAUUGGGAAAGCAGGAAGGCCCGUUCUGGGGCUCGCUAGGCGUGGCCAGCAGCGCGGUCACCCUGGCGUUCCUCCAGGCUGAGAAACUAGUCUGGCUGCUUGACACAGGACUCCUCACUUUAACCCAAGACCUGGACUACAGGCUGCGGACGGCACACAAGGCGUUGUGGUUUCUUAUCUCUGCAGUCGGGUUUAUAAGGUCAAUAAAAUCUCUGCACAUCGCCGCAAGCGAGCUAAAAUCCCCCCACCCCCGCAAAUGCGCGCCCGCUCGCCUCACCCAAGCCUCGCUACUAUCUACAAAGCUGUUCCUGGAUGUAGUCCAUUUCGGGUCCUGGUUGCCGAUUGGCUGGCUGUGGGGCGGGCGGCUGUCAUUGGAGCAUGGGAGUGGUAUAGCUACGGCUUCAGCUGUGCUGGGAUUGGUAGCGCAUUAUCACGGGAAGAGGCUGGCGUCGCGAUAG